AGAAAUGGAAGAUGCAGCUGAUACAAAUACGGAUAAAGCAGCUAACGACGAACCAAAAGAACAGACCGAUCGUGCCAGCUCUGUAACUAAUGUGCAUUUCAUGACUGUUCAAAUUGCAACCAAACAUGAAGCCAGUGAUUCUUCACUUCCAGACCAGCAUGAAGCUGCUACACCUAAUUCCCUUGUCAGAUAUUCACCUGCAAAGGCUGGAGAGCAUAGUGGAGAAACUGUCAAGGCUGUUUUUACUCAAGCAUCACUACCUCUGACGGCAGAAGGUGAUGACGGAACACCAGAAGAUCAAGCAGCUUUCAUGAAGGAACUUGAAAGUUUUUAUCAUGGGAAGGCAAUGGAUUUUAAACCACCAAAAUUUUAUGGGCAGCCACUAAAUUGCCUGAAGUUAUGGAGAGCUGUGAUUAGAUUGGGAGGCUAUGACAGGGUAACUGGAUCCAAGUUGUGGCGGCAGGUGGGAGAGUCAUUUCAUCCACCAAAGACCUGUACAACAGUUUCUUGGACAUUCCGCAUUUUUUAUGAGAAGUCUCUUCUAGAAUAUGAACGGCAUAAGAGACAAAGUGGCGAGCUUCAACUCCCAGUAGCACCACUCCCUGAAGCUUCUGCUGCGGACAGUGAGGGAAAUGGCUAUCAAGGAUCAGGAUCGGGAAGGGCUAGAAGAGAUGCUGCAGCUCGUGCUAUGCAAGGUUGGCAUGUCCAACGCCUUUUUGGUUAUGGUGAGGUUGGUGAUCCUGUCAUAAAGGACAAGAAUCUUAACAAUAUGGCAAAGCGUGACAAAAAUGUCAAAUCCAUUGGCUCACUCAAGCAGAAGAGACCAAAUGAAGUGGAGCAUUCGGCCAAGGCUGCUCGAACCGAAACAUCUAAGCAACUGGUAACUUCAGUUGUUGAUGUUGGGCCUCCAGCUGACUGGGUGAAGAUCAAUGUACGCCAAACUAAAGAUUGUUUUGAAGUUUAUGCCCUAGUCCCGGGCCUUCUACGUGAAGAGGUGCGAGUUCAAUCGGAUCCUGCUGGUCGUUUGGUCAUUACAGGUCAGCCAGAGCAAGUUGAUAAUCCCUGGGGGAUUACACCAUUCAAAAAGGUAGUCAGCCUACCAGCAAGGAUCGAUCCACUUCAGACUUCUGCUGUGGUUAGCCUGCAUGGACGCCUCUUUGUUCGUGUUCCUUUUGAGCAAUCAAAUAGCUAGCUAGGAAGGGUUGCAGCCGUCAAACAAAAUGUGAAUCUCUAUCGGGAACCAAUUCUUGAAGAAGUUUGUAACUUUGUGAAUGUGUGUGUAGCUCUGACCAUUACAUGUGUAUGAUUGGGUUUACAGAUUAGGAUGUAGAGGUGUUUCUAAGUUUAGAUUAUAAAGUUAGCAGAGAGAACAUUAUGGAGGCUUUUUCCUGUUGCAAACUACCCAUUAGAUUAUUAGGUCUUGGCUGUAACAUGAAUGGUCCUUCAUUAAUUAAUUUAAGACUUCCCUUUCUAUC